AUGCGCCAAGUGAAUUUACUCGUAGUUCUUGACGGAUUUGGUUACAACGAAGCCACCGACCACAACGCCAUCGCUCUGGCAGACACCCCCACCUGGGAUGCUUUGUGGGCUAACCAGCCGCAUACUCUGAUUUCCGGCUCCGGCGAAGACGUCGGAUUACCCGCCGGCCAGAUGGGUAAUUCAGAAGUUGGCCACAUGAAUCUUGGCGCUGGGCGCGUGGUUUAUCAGGAUUUCACCCGUAUCAAUCGAGCCAUUGAACAAGGUGAGUUUGUAAAUAAUCGCAGUAUUAAUGCUGCGUUUAAAAAGCUCGAUCAAUCCGGCGGUGCCCUGCAUGUCAUGGGCCUUCUGUCUCCUGGCGGCGUGCACAGCCACGAAGAUCAGAUAUUCGCUUUACUCAAAGGUGCUGCUGAACGCGGCAUCACAAAAAUAUAUCUGCACGCUUUUUUAGACGGUCGCGACACCCCUCCACGCAGUGCCGAGGCCUCUAUCCGAGCAGCCCAGAAGCUGUUCAAGACCAUGGGCGUAGGCCAGAUCGCAAGUCUUGUCGGCCGCUACUACGCCAUGGAUCGCGACAAUCGCUGGGAUCGACAGGAGCAGGCGUACAAUCUGAUUGUCCGCGGCGAGGCGCCUUUUCAUGCCAGCGAUGCUUUGGACGGCCUCAAGCAGGCGUAUAAAAGAAACGAGAACGACGAAUUUGUCCAACCCACCGCCAUUCACAACCCAGACGAAGUGCCGAUCGCCUUAAAACCUGAAGAUGCGGUUAUUUUCAUGAACUUCCGUUCAGAUCGUGCAAGACAACUCACGCGAGCCAUGACCGACCCGGAGUUUGAUGGUUUCAAACGCCGCAGCUUUGUACCCGUCACUGAAUUUGUCACGCUUACCCGCUAUGCCGACGACAUUACCGUGCCCUGCGCAUUCGACCAGCAGCACUUCAGCAACACCCUGGGCGAGUAUCUGGCGAAACUCGGUAAGACCCAGUUGCGCAUUGCAGAAACUGAAAAAUACGCCCAUGUGACCUUUUUCUUUUCCGGUGGCAUCGAACCCCCCUACGACGGAGAAGACCGUAUCCUGAUCCCCUCACCGGAUGUGGCCACUUACGAUCUGCAGCCUGAAAUGAGCGCUGCCGAAGUCACCGACAAACUGGUAGCCGCAAUAGAAUCCGCGGCCUAUGACGACCACACCGCCCACACGCAAAACGUGGUGCCGCUGGUCUAUGUGGGCCCGCAGUCACUGGAAUUCAGUGACAACGGCACGCUGUCCGAUGUUGCGCCAACGUUACUGGACCUGAUGCAUAUCGACAUUCCGACGGAGAUGACAGGGAUCAAAAGAUUAAGAGAUUUCUGGCUGGUGGGCCUGAUCUGCGCCGUCAGUCAUGCCGGUUACGCCGCGGACACCGACUCGGCCACCACCGCAGCUGAGCUUAAAUCUACCCUCGAGCGCCUUAACGCGCUGGAUCAGUGGUUCAGUGACGCAGAACAGCAGCGCGCCAUAUGGCUGGUUGAGCUGCAGCGCCAGGACCGUGAAAUAGCCGCCGUCAAUCUUCAGGUGGCAGAUAUCCGCAACCGGGUACAGGUGACAACCACCGAGUUGCAGGACCUGCAGAACCAUCAGGUGGAACUUAACGAACAACGGCGUACCCAGGCACAGCUGAUCGCAGAACAUGUCGGCGCGGCCUACCGCCUGACGGGACAGGACUUCCUGAAACAGCUCCUGAACCAGGAGUCGCCGGAUACAUUUGCACGCAUGAUCCGAUACCACCGCCACUUCAGUGAAUCCAGACUUGAAGUGAUGGCGCAAUACCAGGCGACCCUUGCCGAACUCGAAACCAACAGCCGCAAGCUGAUUGAGCAACAGGCAACCCAAAGCAGCCAACAGAAGCAACUUGUUGGCGAGCAACAGGUUCUGGCCACGGAGCGCAGUAAACGUUCUGCUCUGAUCGAUCAGCUCGAUGCGGAAACCGAAUCCAAGACCCUUGACUACGAACAGCUUGAAAAAGACCGCAAUCGGCUGGAACAAUUGCUGGCUGAGCUGCGUCGUCGCGAUACUGAAUUAGACGGCAGCGCUUUCACCGCUGCAAAAGGCACCUUACCUAUGCCCGCAAGAGGGCCUAUCCGGCACGCGUUCGGCGCGUCUCGCGCAGAUGGGCGGCUGCGCUGGCAUGGUAUUGAUAUUGCCGCUGAACAAGGUUCACCCGUUACCGCCGUAUUUCGCGGCCGGAUUAUUUUUUCAGAUUGGCUGCGCGGCUUUGGCCUCUUGACCAUUGUUGACCACGGCAGCGACUAUAUGACGUUGUAUGGGCACGCUGACGUCCUGUAUAAGAAAGUGGGCGACUGGGUAGAAAGCGGCGAGGUCAUUGCAGGCGCUGGCAACAGUGGCGGCACCCAGGACACUGGAAUUUACUUUGAAGUGAGACACAAAGGUGAUGCCAAAGAUCCGAUCAGCUGGGUGGCGCAGCAUGACAACGGUCAGUACAUCAGCUGGCGUGAACAUAUUAUUGACGACCCCGAGCUUGCCCAGAUGGAUCUGAGUGGCAGCGAUGGGCUGGCGGUGGCAGAUCUCGAUCUUGAUGGUUGGCCAGACAUCGUUUCCGUGCAUGAAUCAGACACAGUCUAUGACGGCAAACCCAUUGGUCACGUGCGUAUCGCCUGGGGCAGUCAAAGCCCGACGCAAUGGACACUGACUACCUUAGCGUCGGGGCCCGAAGCCGCCGCCGCAGAAGACGUCUCCAUUGCUGAUGCCAACAGCGAUGGCUAUCCAGACAUUGUGGUGGCCGCUGAACUGGCACACCUGAUUUACUUCGAAAACCCCGGCAAACAGGCCCGCAACAAAAUCUGGCCCCGCACGAUUCCAGCCAUUACGCAGAAUCGAGGCUCUUUUAUCCGUGUGUUCUUUGCAGAUUUUGACAACGACGGACAGCCAGAGAUUGUCGCGCCAAACAAAGGCGAACAAAACCCGGAUGUCACACAGCAGCAGCGCCUUAACAUCUCGAUUUUUCAUCUGCCGGACAACCCCCUGGACGGCGACCUCUGGCGGGAGCAGGUCAUCGCCCAGGUACGCAUUCCGAUUAAUUCUGAACCCGUGGAUAUUGAUGCUGACGGCGACCUGGACGUGAUUGCCGGGUCUCGCGGAGAAGGCCGCAUCAUGUGGCUGGAGAAUCUGGGUGAUUUCAGAUUUGCCAACCACCCCAUCAGGCCCACAGCUGAAAACAAGCCGGCUAACGCCGCUUUGACCGGGUUCAAUAUGGACUACGCGGACCUCAACGCGGAUGGCCGCACCGACAUUAUUUCCACCGCCUGGCCCAGCUAUCUUUUAUGGCUGCAGCGUCCGGCUGAUGCAGCAGGCGAUUGGCCAACCACCCUGAUCGGUAAUUUUGCGCCCGACCAGCUGGUCUCCGUGCGCCUGGCAGACAUCGACAAUGACGGCGACCUGGACGCUUUCACAGGUUCCUAUAGUCGCGGCCCCCGCAACCAGGAUGGCAAAGAAGUCACCGUUACCGACGCCCUGGGUCGCAUCGCCUGGUUCGAAAACCCGGGUCCUGGCGACAACGCACAGCCCUGGCCACAACACGAUAUUGUGCGACGCAAGCGCGGUAUGUAUGACAAAUGGCUUGCCCUGGACCUGGAUCGCGACGGCGACCUGGACUUUGUGGGUACCCGUGGCAACAGUGUCAGUGAGAAUUACGUUGAAGAAAUCAGCGAGGAAGAGCUGCUGAGCCACGCCAUUGACGGCAUGAUGCGCCGCCUGGAUGACCACUCAGAUUAUCUGGACCGAAGCGCGUUCUCUUACCUGAAAGAAAACACCGAAGGCCAUUUUGGCGGUAUUGGGAUUGAGCUGGGGCUGCAGGACGGCUAUUUCACAGUGAUUGCGCCCAUCGACAACACACCUGCCGCAGAUGCGGGCAUGCAGGCCGGCGACCGCAUCACCCAACUCAACGGUGAAUGGGUCAAAGGUAAGUUACUGACAGACAUCGUUGAUGCUUUGCGCGGCAAGCCCGGCACAACCGUGAAGCUGGGUGUGGAACGUGCAACCGACAACGCCGAUGUGAAACAGAAUCUGGAAUUCAAUCUGACACGCGCGGACAUUGAAUUUGCCAGCGUGCGUUCCCGUUUACUGGAACCGGGUAUCGCCUAUAUACGUAUUUCAGCUUUUCAGAAUCGUACCGGAGAUGACGUGUACGACGCUCUGGCAGAACUGGCGGAAGAAACCUCCACCCCGCUGGAGGGCCUGGUUGUCGAUUUACGCAACAACCCCGGCGGCACCCUGCAGUCUUCUGUUGAAGUGGCGGAUCACUUCCUCGACCAGGGGCUGAUCGUUUACACCGAAGGGCGCCUCCAAUCCAGCUAUGCCAAGUAUCGCGCCACCAAAGGCGAUCUACUGGCAGGCUUGCCUAUUGUUGUGCUGAUCAACGGAGGCUCCGCUUCCGCUUCAGAGAUUGUCGCCGGCGCGUUGCAGGACCACGGUCGUGCACAACUCAUCGGCAGCACCAGCUACGGCAAAGGCUCAGUGCAAUCGGUGUUACCUCUGGACCACGACCAGGCACUGAAAAUCACCACGGCGUACUAUUUCACCCCGAACGGGCGUUCUAUUCACAAGAGCGGUAUAGACCCUGAUAUCGAGUUUGACGGCGAUGACGAAAUGAUCCUCGCUGAAGCCAUCGAAGUGCUGAAGGCGCAGGAAAAAACCGGUCUGCGCGCGAGCCUCUAA